AUGCCUUCCCAUAUCAAAACAUAUGAUGGGACUGAAGAUCCAGAGGAUCAUCUCCAGAUCUUUACUGGUGCUGCUAGGAUCGAGAAAUGGUCUAAUGCUGAAUGCUGUCUCAUGUUCAUGCAAACCCUCGUUGGGUCAACCAGAAUAUGGUUCAAUGACCUGCCAGCCAGAAGCGUUCGAAGCUUCGAUGACCUUAGCAAAGGAUUCUUGGCCAACUUCUCCCAGCAAAGGCGGUACGUUAAAGAUGCCACGGUGAUUUUCCAGAUAAAACAAAGAGAUGAUGAAAGCCUUCGAGAGUUCAUAGAAAGGUAUAAAAAGGAAGGUCUAACGUAUGUGGGGGCGGACGAAAAAAUGAGAGUAGCCGGUUUCAUGAAUGCCAUCACCUCGCAAUACCUUACAAGAGAUUUCAACAAGUCCCUGCCAAAGACCUUGGAAGAAGCUCUCGAAAGGGCUGAAGCCCACAUCAGAGGAGAGGAGGCCGUAGACAUUAAGGAGCAGAGAAAAAUGGGAUCUAGCUGGCGAGGCAACAGUUCAGCUAGAAAGAAGGGAAAUUUCCAUUCCUAUGACAGACGCCAAAGAGGCUCAGAGCAACGAAGGUCUGAAGGCCGGAACCCUCCAAGCAGGGAGAAGGCCAUGAACUUUACAACCCUUAUAAAACCCCCCCAAGAGAUUCUUGCUACAUAG